AUGUUAAUAUCACUGAAAGCAACAAGCGGGAAAUACAUACGGGAACAAAAAUUCGGAGCUAUAGAGUUGGACGACGACCUCAUUCCUAUUGGGGAGUAUUUCAAUGAAGAACUCGCAAGUAAACAUCGUACAACCGCCCACCAUCACUGGAAAAAGAAAACUGGAAAGCUCGGAUGCAAAUAG